UUUCAGAGGUACUAAUAUCAGGAGGUGGCCUGCAGGCUCAUGUUCACAACACCCUCUCUGUCCCUUUGACAAGUUCACCCACAGCCACAGACAUGCCCCAUUUGCCCUUUGGCUUCAGAGCAAUAGGUGGCUAUGGCAGAGCUAAGGAGCGUAGCUUUGGCUGCAAGGUCUGUGGAAAGGUGUUCAAGCGCUCGUCCACGCUGUCCACACACCUCCUCAUCCACUCAGACACACGGCCCUACCCCUGCCAGUACUGCGGCAAAAGGUUCCACCAGAAGUCAGACAUGAAGAAACACACAUUCAUACACACAGGUGAGAAACCACACGUGUGCAAAGUGUGCGGUAAAGGAUUCAGCCAAAGCUCCAACCUCAUCACCCACAGCCGAAAGCACAGCAGCUACCGGCCGUUCAGCUGCCCCUGCUGUCAGCACAGCUUCCAGCGCAGGGUUGACCUACAGCGCCACCAAGAGACACAGUGUGGAUAUAGAGACAUGUACACUCAAAACUGAGUCCAUGACGAAAUGGAGUCAUGUCAAUUAUAUGGGUGAAAUGGCAUUUGUAAAUAAUGUUCAAUCAUUCGUAUUU